AUGUCGACAACCACUUCCGAUCUGGAGUUCAGCAAGAACUUGAACGUCACAGGCCAUUCGCCUUACAAUACCAGCCUCACAAACAAGGAACGAGAGAGCGACGGUCCUGACGGAAGUGGUCAUUUGAGCAGCGAUCUGGACCAGGAUUCAGACCCGGAGUACGCGACCUCAUUCCGUUUGAUCAUCAUCAUGUGCACCUUGUGUCUCAGUACUCUGAUCGCAGCCUUGGACCUGGGUAUCGUUGCCACGGCUAUCCCGAAGAUCACCAGUGACUUCCACGCUCUCAGCGAUAUCGGAUGGUACAGCGGCCCCUGCUUCCUUUUCGUCGGUACGACCUCCGCCUCGUGGGGUAAGAUGUACAAAUACUUCUCGGCUCAAUGGACAUAUAUGACAGCUCUUAUCUUGUAUCUGAUUGGGAGUAUCGUGGCGGCCACGGCACCUAGCAGCAUUGCGUUAAUCAUCGAUCGAGCCCUGCAGGGCUGGGGAUGUGCGGGCACACUCGGCGGCUCCGUCCUGAUCAUUACCUUCACGGCCCAGCCUAAGACUCGUUCCUUGCUCAUCGGCCUAUGGAUGGGUGUAUUCAUGAUCGCCACGACCAUCGGGCCCCUGAUAGGUGGCGUGUUCACGACUGAGGUCACUUGGCGAUGGUGUUUCUGGGUGAAUCUCCCGGUGGGAGGCACAGCUCUCGUACUGCAAUUUCUGUUCUUGCGCAUGCCAAAACAUAUCAAACCCGCCUACGCAACGUGGAGGGAGAUUUUACUGCAUCUUGAUCUCCCCGGUUGGACUUUGCUGUUCACCUCAGUCAUCUGCUUCACCUUGGCUUUGCAAUGGGGCGGCCUGGAGAAACCAUGGAGUGACGGCUCUGUCAUCGCCACCUUGACUCUUUGGGUUGCCUUGAGUAUCGCGUUCGUGAUCGUCGAGUGGUUCCAGGGCGAGUACGCCCUCAUGCCCCUGAAAAUGUUAGCGGACCGUAAUAUGUGGUCGAAUCUCUUAUAUGCGUUCAUUGCCAACCUAGCCAACUUUCAGAUACUAUUUUAUCUCCCCAUCUAUUUCCAAGCCGUUCAUGGCAUGUCCGCUAUUGAUAGUGGCGUCAACUGCCUUCCGUUUAUGACCUUCUACACCUGCGGGGCCAUAGUCAGUGGUAUACUCGUUGGGAAGACACGCUUUCUUCAACCCAUCGAGUUUGGUAGUGGGCUGAUAGCAGUUCUUGGUGCCUCUCUGAUCUACUGCAUGGACGUCAAAACCUCAAAUGCUUGGUAUAUUGGCGCUCAGAUCCCUUUCGGGCUUGGAAUCGGUCUAGGAAACCAGGUUCCGGUGACAGCGCUGCAGGGUUUCGCGACGCCGGAAACAGUGGCAGCGACGAUGGGGGUAGCUUUCAUGGCCCAAUCUAUCAGCGGGGCCUACUUUGUUUCGGCCGCUAAUUCUAUCUUCGAUAACUACCUACUGCAGAAUUUGGCACGUACUGCUCCUCAAAUCGAUUCAUCGGAUAUCUUGUACAUUGGAGUGUCGGAACUUACAAAGUAUUACGAAGGGGGGCAGCUGGCUUUGAUUCGAGAUGCAUAUAUGGUUGGGAUCGAGGAUGUCUUUGCCUUCGCCCUGGCCGGUACCGUCCUGACCGUAUUGCUGGCCCUUUUGAUCCCGUUCAAGAGACUUCCUUCCCAUGAAACCAAGGAGGUUGAGGACAAGGAGGCAGCGGCCAAACAGCGUACCAGAAGGGGUUAG